ACCUACCCUUCGACUCUUAACCAUCAUGUUCCGUGCACUGCGGCCCACAUCCCCCUCACUUCCUCGACCUUUUUUUUAACGUGGACGCCUGAGGCCUGAGAUCCCAACUACAGCUUGUCGACAAUGUGGCCCUUCUCAACGUCGUAUCCUACGCGAACGCUCCAGCAACUGGAGGCAGAAUACGACUAUAUCAUCGUCGGAGGCGGAACGGGUGGAUGCGUCCUGGCUCGCCGGCUCGCCGAAGACAGCAGCAGCAGCGUGCUCGUCAUCGAGCGCGGCGACGCUCGCGACAUCUGGCUCGACCGCUUCCCGUUGCCGUCGACACACCACUGGUCCGACGGCAAGCACAGCAUGGUUCUCGAGGCAGACAUGCUCGGUCAGAAGACAGACAUCAUCACUGGCAAGGGCCUCGGCGGGACUUCGAGGAUCAACGCAAUGCAGUACAGUCGCGGCGCGCCUGGCGAGUACAACGCGUGGGCGCAGGCUGGGCGCAAGGGAUGGAGUUAUCAAGAGCUGCUGCCGUAUUUCGAGAGGGCAGAGUGCUUGUACAAUCCAGUGACGAAGGGACAUCACGGCACUGAAGGUCUAUGGAAGAUCCAGUCCCCGUCGUCCACCUUCAAGUUCGGUCUCAACGAACACAUCAUCAAGGGCUCGCAGAAAGCGGGCUUCGCCUAUGGCAAAGAUGUCAGCGACCCGAAGCUGCCCACCUCGGGGUGCUUCCUGAUCCACCACACUAUCGACUCGUCGGGCAACCGCCACAGCACGUUCCGGGCAUUCCUCCCGAAGGAGUUUGUGCUCGCGCAUGACCAGAAUCUGCACCUGUGCGUGAACACUGUCGCGCGCAAAAUUGAGACGGCGCGUCUGGCGGACGGGAACCUGAGGGCUACAGGUGUGGUCAUACAGAGCGUGACGCCCGGUGCGGCGAGUGUGCUCGUUAAGGCCCGGAGGGAGGUCAUUUUGUGCUCGGGCGCACUACGGACCCCCCAGAUAUUGAUGCUCAGGUACGACAAGAUCCUGGCAAUGCCCUUCAUAGCUUACCGAGCUCUUUAUGCGUAUAGCGGCAUUGGCCCCGAGAAGCACUUGAACGACAUGGGCAUCCCAGUCGUGUAUAACCUCGAGGGCGUUGGCUCGAGUCUGCAAGACCACAUGGGCGCGCACCUCGACCUGCAGUGCACGCUUGAACACUCGUUGGCCGUUCUUAUCUGGCGGCCGUGGUAUCUCUUUUACCAGCUCCUGCGCUACUUCCUCUUUGGCGAUGGAUGGUUCCUCACUUCGCUCGUCGAAGUAUGCGUCCUCACCUGCGAGCGCUGGCUUGAUGCGGACGCGGGGCAGAAGCCGCUUGGCGAGAACGAUAAGGAUGCGUCACGGCCGGAGAACGUUCCGGAUAUCGAGAUCAUCACUAGCUCGAUCUGCGACUGGCGCUCCCCAGGGUACGACCGCACGCGGGGCGGGUUCACGAUGCUUGCUGCGCCGCUACGACCAUUCUCGCGGGGCACCCUCCGCUUGUGCUCCUCGGACCCGCUCGAGCAGCCCGCCGUCAACCUGAACUACCUCGCCGAUGUGCGCGACCGCACCAACCUGCGCGCGGGCAUCAGACUGUGCAUGCGCAUCGCGCGUGAGAUGGAGAACGGAGGGUACCCCGUGGGCUACUUCAAGGCCCCACGAAGCCUCGAUGACGACGCGCUCGACGCGUUCAUCGUGGGCCACAGCCAGAGCUUCUUGCACUACAGCAGCACUUGCCGCAUGGCGCCGCGCGACGAUCCCGAGCCGGGUGUCGUGGACGACGAACUCCGGGUGCACGGGUUCAAGAACUUGAGGAUUGCGGACGCGAGUAUCUUCCCGCAGGUGCCUGCGGCGCAUUUACAAGCGCCCGUCGUCGUUGUGGCGGAGAAGUGUGCGGAUAUGGUGAAGGCUAGCGCUCUCAAGUUCAAGUCAGACAUGAAAUCGGCCAAUUGACCGCCAUGAAUAGGUUAAAUAAGCGGACACCGUCCUUCUCAGGUGAUGAGUUAUGGGUAUUAUCAUUUUUUCUGUGGAAUUUCGUGUUAAAGUCUGCAUGUUCCUUUCGUGUCCGGCCCUCUGCAACAAUAUUUGUGACAAGGAUCGGCUGUUGGCCUGUCCGUACAGACCUUGGAUUCGUGCCUAAUCCCGCGCCUAAUCCACACUUGGUCUAUAGUCAGCCACGGAGACUAGCCUGUCAACAGCCCACUAUUCCUGGGGCAGCCCGCGUCUCGCACGCGUCGACAGCAGCUGGAAGCCCUUGGGCACGACGUCGGGCUGGACGAGCAGAAAUCCGAACGCGAGCCCACCAACCACGACGGCAGAGCGGAAAGUGUGCGCGGGACAAGUUCAGGGGACGCUAAUGUUGCUGCGCACCCGAACACCACUGUUGGCUAGUCAUCGAUUCAUCGCCAGAUAGGCUGUCAACGUCGCGACGCCCUCCUGCGUGCCGGAGCCCAGACGCUCCUGUAUAUCGCCUUCCCCGCGUCCCAAUUCCCGCUGACCACAGCGCUGAUACCGGCAGCGCGUGCAGGACACCAACGAGAACGAGCUCAUGCCAAUCACGCUGGAUAGCACGUUCGCGGAUAGCACGGCCAGGGUGUUCGUGCGCGCGCUCAAGGUCACGCUGAGUAACCACGAGAUGGCACUGACUCCGAAGUUUGUUGCGAAAGGGCACUAGACUGGUGGCUGUCGUCAGUAUUUUGCUGUGUUCAGUUUCGCUCUCAAGCUGCUUGUUUCGUUUGUCUAGCGUACAAGUGUCGUCACUAGAAUCUUCACAGAACGACGCGGAGUCCGGAAGUUCGGAGCCCACGAGCGUACGAUAAUGCGCCUCACAGCAGAUCCCCGUCCUGCCUCAAACUCACGUCGACUUUCCCGUGUGCCCAGUGGCUGAUCAGCACGCCGGCCAUGGCAUUCGCCGGCGGGCCCUUGAACAGCGGUUCGUCCUUCGUCUUGGCGGCGUCCUCCGCCGCCGGCGCGGUCUCUUCGACGCCCGAGUCCCACUUCGGCGCCUGCUUCGCGGAGGCGCCGUCGGCGUUUGCGAGGACGGACAGGACCUCCUCGCGAGUGAACCACCGGGCGUCUGCAGGAGAACAUGAGGGUGUUCAGGGGGGCGUUAGUGUUACGUGGAGAGGGUGGGGAGAGCGGGGAAAAGGUCACCUUCGAGCUCGUUGUCCAGGUCGGUGCGGACCGGUUCAGAAGGGUCGGCGACGGCGUAGUAGCCCGCCAUCACGUUCGCGGGGAACGGCUGGGGUUGAGGAAGCAUGUCAGGACCUCCGGCAGCACGGCUCAAAACAACGUCCGGCGCACCCAUGGCUGCGUCGAGGAGUAUUUCAUCCCGAGCACUUUGACGCCGGCCUCUUCCCAGAGUUCGCGCUGAACCGUGUCCUCGUGGGACUCGCCGGGCUCGACGAACCCAGCCAGCGCCGAGUAGAAGUUCUUCGGCCAGUUGCGCUUGGGGACGUCAGUCGUGGCGUCGUGUAUAAGUCGAUGCAUUGCUUACGUUGCGUCCGAGGAGGAUUUUGCUGUUAUCCGGGCUGACAGUCAGGAUGAUGACCACCGGGUCCGUUCGCGGGUGCAUGUAGUUGUUCAAAGCUUUCCUAGAGGCACAAUAUUCAGCCAUGUGUCAUAGAUUUGUGCGCGUCAGAAAUAUGCUUACGAGGUGGGGCAUGGCUUCUCAGCCGACUUUGCAGCCCAUGGCAACAGAGACGUACAUCCGUGCUUCCACCCAGCCCAGAGCGUGUAUACUGGCGAACCACAUCCUGCACAGAACUGUAUUCACAUACUUGAGCCCCCAGGUGUCAGCCAAAGCACCUAAACGUCAAACACCGACCUUGUUUCUCGCCGUCCAGUCCACGAGCGUCCUCGCAACCGAGAAGACACCGCUGUCGAACUGG